GGGUGGGUCUUAUGACGUCUGUAGAUGGCCGAGUGUCAUUCUGCUGCCACAAACUGGGAAGCACGGAGAGAAAGACGGGAGAAACCGUGUGGAAACAAAACACAAAUAACCGAAACCGUCGUGGACACAACAUUGUAAAUGAAAACAACAUGGAGGUGUGACUGAAGACGUCGUUUUCAGGCAAACCGAGGGACUGAAGCGAAACAGCUCGCUAAGGAGAUUGCGGACUCCCUUCGAAGUUUGUGUCGGAACAAGCGUCCUGCGGCUGGGCUAACGACACCAUUGUGCUAACCUUCCACCUUCAACGCAGCCCCACACAUCCAAACAACGAAAAUGGUGUCCUGGUUAAUCGCAAGGAGUGUUGUGCUUGUGUUUGGGACUCUGUAUCCUGCAUACUACUCCUACAAAGCUGUGAAGACCAAAAAUGUCAAGGAAUAUGUUCGAUGGAUGAUGUAUUGGAUUGUUUUUGCCCUCUACACUGUGGCAGAGACCAUCACUGACCUUACACUGGCAUGGUUUCCCUUGUACUAUGAACUAAAAGUAGCAUUUGUCGUCUGGCUCCUAUCACCUUAUACCAGAGGAGCAAGUUUAAUUUACCGGAAAUGUCUGCACCCAAUGCUGUCCUCCAGGGAGAGGGAAAUAGACGAGUAUAUUGUGCAGGCCAAAGAGAAAAGUUAUGAAACCAUGGUGAACUUUGGCAAGCAGGGACUCAGCAUUGCAGCCACUGCUGCCGUCACUGCAGCUGUCAAGGGUCAGGGUGCAAUCACAGAGAAGCUGCGGAGCCUGAGCAUGCAUGACCUCACACAGAUCAAUCAGCAAGAUGGAGGGGGAAACCAGUUGUAUCGUUACACCUCCCAUGCUGGUAAUCCUGCCAUCAGACGAUCUCAGAGCGCUGAUGUACCUGAUGAAGGAGAAUACUUUUAUGACCAGGACGACGUGAGCGACGACGAGACCGAGCCAACCUUCUCCGAAGAUGAGGCUCUUUCUCAGAGAGGACUGAGGCGAUCUCAGAGUGUCAGGCUGACACGAUCCAGAGUCCGUAAAGAUAAUCGCUAUGGAUCCUUGAAGAUUAAAGGCAAGAAGAGACCAGCGCUGAGCUCCGUCAACUACGCAAUGUGAACACUCCUCUUGGCACACACACACACACACACACACACACACACACACACACACACACACACACACACACACACACACACACACACACACACACACACACACACACACACACACACACACACACACACACACACACACACAUUUUUUUAGAUUUCAUAAUAGGUUUGCUUCCUAAAAAGGUAUUUUUCUUAAUGAACUACAAUUUUUAAGUAAGUCGCUUUGUUUUAAGUGUUUUUAACUCACACAGUAAUAUUUUUAUUAUUAUGAGAAAAAGAGAGCUAAUGCCUGCUGUUGGUCAAAGUCGUGUCAUCCAGUAUGGAAAGCAUUUACUUUCUCAAGGCACACGUGUGUAUUUUUCUCAAAGAAGAAACUAUUUGAACACUUCCUAAUGGCUUUACGUCCAAAUGGAUGGCAUAUUCUCUCCUGAGAGGUGUCGUCCGGCACCUGAAACAUUCCUCAUCACGCCUGUGUGGAAUUGUCCCAGCCCAGACUUCCCCCUAAGACACACUUUUUGGAGUUUGACUGAGUCACACGUGGGAAAAAUCCCUUCUCUCUUCGUCUGACGUCCUUUCACAGUCAACACAAAGACGACAGAAAAUGUAAUUCCGUGAAGUCCAAAUCUCUUUUUUCUAUUAGCAUGGUGCACAUUUUAAAAAUACAAUUCCAAAGAGCAAAAAUGAGGGAAAAGAUGUAAUGUCAGGAGAAAAAGUUGACAUGUCGAUGCUAAUAACACAAAGCUAACAGGUAGGCUGUUUUUUCUUAGCGUACUAGAUUAUUUUUUACAAUAUAAACAUUCCCCGACAGUCAUUAGAUUUUUUUUUUAAUUGUUGUGUGAAAAUGUCUAUUUAUAUAUACAUAUUUGGGCUCCAUCUCUUCAAAGGUGACUUUGUUGUCAACACCAUAGAAAUACUUCAUUCCAGGUUCAGGUUGUUCCUUUUCAACUUUUCUUGCCUAUUAUCCUUUUUUCCUGUUAUAUAUGUAUGUAUUCUGUGGCUCAGAAGGGUUUUAUGUAUAAAUAUCAGUUAUUUUUGUCAAUGCGUCUCAUCACAGAGCUUUUUAUUACUGCUGUUUUGUUUGCUGGUCAUCUCAGUUUCAGUAAUGAAAUGUAGGUCACACAGAACGGCCUUGUCCUUGAUCAAUCGUCAGCAAUUGAUCAAUCUUUUUACUAGGGGUGUCAAAAAAAUUGUAUUCUCAGAUUAAUCACGAUUCUUGUUUGUAACGAUUCUUAAUUGAUACAUUUUUAUUUUUUUUUUAUUCUUAUUUUUCCAGUGUGUCCUGUCCAGCCACUCAGAUGAAUCAUAUUGUUGAUGUAUAUGAUCAUAUCUGCUGUACAGAUUUAGAAAAGAGAAGUGUUGGGUACUUCUCUUGUUGCCUUAUCUGUAUUUGACUUUAUUAAAUGUUUGGGUAGUAAUAUAGAAAUUGAUAAGAGCUUUUUAUUUCAUGGAGGAAUGUAGUUAAUCAUAGAACUGGCACUUAAUGUUAUUGAAAAAGUAUAGAUUUUGAAGUGAGAAUCAAUUCUGAUUGGAAUCGUUACCCCCAAGAAUCGAAUUGAAUCGUGUGGUUGGUGCCCAAAGAUUGACAGCCCUAGUAUACAGUAUUAAGAUUAAAGAUUAAAGUACCAAUGAUUGUCACACACACACACUUAGAUGUGGUGAAAUUUGUCCUCUGCAUUUGUGGGCAGCAGCGGCGCCGCGCCCGGGAAUCAUUUUGGUGAUUUAACCCCCAACUCCAACCCUUUGUUGCUGAGUGCCAAGCAGGGAGGUUAUGGGUCCCAUUUUUAUAGUCUUUGGUAUGACUCGGCUGGGAUUUGAACUCCAACCUACCGAUAUGCCAUAGACACUCCAAUAAAAUGCUAAUAAGAGAGUUUUUCCUUGGAAUGAAUGAAGCAUAAAAGACAUUUCAUUAAAGGUAAAACAUAGUGGAAGUAGUCGCUUGCUUUUUAUAACAGUGCUUUUUAUUAUUAUGCUUUUUCGUAUGGCUUGAUCAUGAGUAUUAUCUGAAUCAUGUACGGUAAUAGACUCAGUGUAGGGUUUUUGUGGACAGUAUGUUCUGAAAGAUGAGAUAUUUGGUGUGUGUAUCUACAAAUACAACAUUAUUAGUCUAAUAGAAACUGCUUUCAAAAAAUAAAGGUAACACUUAAAGGACACAAUGCAGGCAGUCCUACUUAAGAGCAACAGUGAUGGACAAUCAAUGUCACAUGCUGUUGUGCAAGUGGAAUAAACAACAGGUGGAGUUUUCCACUUUGAGUGUGACUCCAAAUCCAACAUGGGUUCAUACAUUUGAUUUCACUGCUGUGUGAUGUUGUUGUCCGCACUUUUAACUCU